CUGGGGUUCUAAAAGGAGAGUUACAAUAUGGAACAGCAUUUGGUGGUAGUAAAGUUGAAGAUAUGAGUCCGCGUGCUGUUUUAACACGACAACCUACUGAAGGUCGAUCGAGAGAUGGUGGAUUGCGUUUAGGUGAAAUGGAACGUGAUUGUUUGGUCGGUUAUGGUGCUAGUAUGUUACUUAUGGAACGUUUAAUGAUAUCUUCGGACCAAUUUGAUGUUCAUGUCUGUGAACAGUGUGGUUUAAUUGGCAAGCAUAUGGUAACGAUGCAAAUGCCUUAUGCUGCAAAACUACUUUUUCAAGAACUUCAAA